CAUCAAUGAGUGCAAGGGCAGACAGGCUGGAAUUUCACUACAGCCAAGAGUUGCAUGCAGCUGCUGAAGGCAGGAAAAAGGCAGAGCUUCCACCCAACAAAAGACAAGCCAGAGAAGAGAACUGCUUCUCAUUCUCAUUGCUUGAAGUGCUGCUAUUCCACCAACAUCAGAGAUGGAGAGACUAGCCUGCUAGGGAAUAGCACACUAUACAAGGAGCAGGCCUGAUAAGAGUUAAUGAAAUAGGACACAUCAGGAAGAAGAAAGGAUCUUCUGGUACCCAUCAUUCUAAAAUGAGAUUUCCAGGAGGUGUGCUGAGCUCAGACAUGUUGCUGCUGCUUUGGAUAACUGUAGGUGCAUACCUUACCCCUGCUGCAAGCAGGUUUGCAGAGUUUUCAAGCUCAAGAGGACGUAGGCAACUUGUAUCAUCUGCACACACAGCUGGUUUAUGUCGAUAUGGAACCAAAACUGAAUGCUGCUAUGGAUGGAAGCGAAACAGCAAAGGUCAAUGUGAAGCUGUGUGUGAGGAAGGCUGUAAGCAUGGUGAAUGUGUUGGACCCAACAAAUGCAAAUGUUUUCCUGGAUUUACUGGAAGAAGCUGCAGUCAAGAUCUGAAUGAAUGUGGUCUUAAGCCUCGUCCCUGCGAGCAUCGGUGUAUGAACACUCAUGGCAGCUACAAGUGUUACUGUCUUAAUGGCUACAUGUUGAUGCCAGAUGGCUCUUGCUCAAACUCCAGAAAUUGUGCAAUGGCAAACUGCCAGUAUGGCUGUGAAGAAGUCAAGGGGGAGGUGCGAUGUUCAUGCCCAUCUAGUGGACUGCAGCUGGGACCAGAUGGAAGAAAUUGUAUAGAUAUUGACGAAUGUGCAGUUGGAAAAGUAACUUGUCCUUUUAACAGAAGAUGUGUGAACACUUUUGGAAGCUAUUUUUGCAAGUGCCAAAAUGGUUAUGAUUUAAAGUAUGUGAAUGGAAGAUAUGACUGUGUAGAUAUAAAUGAGUGUUUGAUGAAGAAUCAUAAGUGCAGCCCUCACAGUGAUUGCCUCAAUACCCCAGGCUCCUAUAAAUGUCGAUGUAAACAAGGAUACAAGGGUAGUGGAUACCAGUGUUCCGCUGUUCCAGAUAAACCUGUGAAAGAAGGACCUAAAAUAGUUGGAAGUGCAAAAGACACAAUAAAGAAACUGUUGGCACAUAAGAACAGCCUAAAGAGAAUUGAAGACAUAAAGAAUCUAAUACCUGAAUUGGUUGUGACACCAUCUCCAAAAACACGCUUGCAGCCAUAUGACUAUGUGGAUGGAGUCUACAUAGGAAACACAAACAAAGCGGAGGAGGAAUAUGAGGAAGAGGAGGAAGACCAAGAUGACAAUGAAGAUGAAGAAGAGGAUGAUGUUGAUGAUGAUGAUGUCUAUGAAAAUACAAUUGGACAAAAGAAAACACUGAGAGGGGAUGUGUUUGCUCUACAGGUUAAAGAGAAGGUGAGAGAAGAGUCUGCGUACAGCCCAGAAGCAGUAGAAGAAAAGGUUCUGCCACAAAAAUCAGAAGAGGUAUCUAUUGACUGCAGCUUUGAUCAUGGAGCUUGUGCCUGGAAACAGGAAAGUGAAGAUGACUUUGACUGGAAGCAAGCAGAACGCAGCCAGGGUGGUGGAUUUUAUAUGUCGGUUUCAGCAAAUUCUGGUCUCAGAAAAGAGAUUGGACGACUCAGCUUCUCACUGCCAAACAUAAAGGCAGAUAACAAUUUAUGUUUGGCAUUCACCUACCAAUUGACUGGAGAUAAAAUUGGCAAACUGCGUGUGUUUGUGAAUGAGAGCAAGAAUCCAGCAUGGGAAGAACACAAAAGUAGAGAUGAAAGAUGGAGGAUAGCAAAAAUUGAAAUUCCAAAGACCUACAACAGAUCUACUCAAACUAUUACAUUUGAAGCUGAACGCGGGAAAGGCAAAGCUGGAGAGAUAGCCCUGGACAACGUCUUCCUUGUCACUAGUCCAUGCCCUGAAGAUUAAACAUGAUAUUAUUUUAUCCAACUGUACUGUAUGCCAAAAAACAGACGUGCCUCAUUUUUUAUAAGAAAAGAAACUGUAUUUUUUCUGUGAGACGUGACUAUAUGGACCUUGGUCACAGUGCCAUCUUGUUUACAGACGAUGGAAACACAUAGAAAACAUGAAGGGGACAGAGUAGGUGUGUGCUCUGGAGUUACCAUGUCAUAUACAAAUAUCCACAAUGGCAAAAAUGGUGCUUAUAGCUUUAUUUUAGUUAGAAUAAUCUUUUAUAAAACUAUUUUGUAGGACAGUUGAUGCAUUGUGGCACUAAUUAGUGGCAUCAUUUUUAUCACAUCAUUUACCUGCAUUAUUGUUAUUGAAAAGUAUUAUAACGACUAAGUAUGCACUGUGAAAAAAAAAAAAAAAAAAAACAUACUUGAUGGAACCAAACCAAAUGUUGUAGACAAGUGAUGGUGAAAUAUCCAUUCUAUACUAUUGUUAAAGAAAAUUUCCAGUUGAAACAUAAAUCCUCUAUUUGCUUGGGGCUUAUCUGUGCGGUAGCAAAAAUAGGUCCUCACCUUCUGCAAACCGAAAACAAGAGCACAACAACCAUACUAAUUAUACUUACAGAACUUUAUGUACUAAUGUUUGGAUACAUUAUUUUUUUGUUCUGGAAUAAUAACACAUUUUCACACAAAGUCUGAAAUCUGUAUUUGUAGCUCCAAAGCCUGCUAAAAUUUAGGAGCUGUGGGUGAUGGGACCCCUUCUUAAAAGAUUAAUAGCAAAUGGAUUGUUUUUUUUUAUUUUUACUGUAACUAGAAUUUAGGCUUUUGGUUACCCAUUGCAUGGCUUACAUUUUCUGUGGCCUCAUACAUCCCUUUCAAGUUAUAAUACUGGUUGGUUACAGAGAUGUCAAAGAAUUAUGUAACUCAAAGCAGACAUCUUAUUUCCUAUUAAAAGGAAAGUUUUGUGUAUUUUCAGUGAACACAUAUUCCUGUUAUUAUUGUAGUGUUUAGCUUGAAGUAAUUUUAAUAUGGCUUACAUUUUUACAUGCUUGCUCUUCCAUACAUUUGUUAUGUAUUAAAUUCAAAGAUUUGUAGAUUAAGACUAGCAGGAGCAGUUAGUGGCUUAGUGCAAUAAAUGCCUAUCAACGGCCUAUACUUAAAAAGGUUUGCUAUUUUAUAUGGAAUAUAUAUAUUAUAUAUAUAUACACUACUGUUCAUGUAGCCUCAAAGCUGAGUAUCUGCUGUGUGGGAUUAUUAAAGGCGUGUUUCGCCUACUUUUGCCUUAAACGACUGUUUUCCCACACGUUUUGGAAUUAAGUUUGGUGAUGCCACUACUGUGCUGCUCAUUGUACCUCAGAGGACUUGAUGGAAAGCAAGCUGUACCUUUGGAUCUGCAGAGAAAGGAUCUCCCUACUCCUACUUAUUUCAUCCUUUGGAUUUAAUUUUCCUUUCCCAAUGGAUACUGUGAUGUUGCCUAUUGGUUAAAUCAUCUCCAUUCCCCCAUCAGUCAUCAAUUUACCACCCAUCAGUUAAUUAGAUCACCAGUCAUCAGGAGGGCAGCUCUAAUAU